AUGGAGGAGAGAAAUGAUACUGAGAAACUUGAUGAGGUUAUGCUACCAGGGUUCAGGUUUCAUCCAACUGACGAGGAGCUUGUUGGAUUUUACCUAAAGAGAAAGAUUCAGCAAAGGUCUCUGUCUAUUGAGCUCAUCAAGCAGCUUGAUAUCUAUAAGUAUGAUCCUUGGGAUCUUCCAAAGUUGGCUACUACAGGGGAGAAAGAGUGGUAUUUCUACUGUCCCAGAGACAGAAAGUAUAGAAACAGUGCAAGGCCUAAUAGGGUAACAAGUGCUGGUUUCUGGAAAGCUACAGGGACUGACAGGCCUAUAUAUUCCUCAGAGGGUUCAAAGUGUAUUGGCUUGAAGAAAUCCUUAGUGUUCUACAAAGGUAGAGCUGCCAAAGGUGUCAAAACUGACUGGAUGAUGCAUGAGUUCAGAUUACCUUCUCUCACUGUCUCAUCAUCAUCAUCAUCAUCCCCUAAGAAGUACAUAGACAAGACGACCAUUCCUGCUAAUGAAUCUUGGGCAAUCUGCAGGAUAUUCAAGAAAACCAAUGCUACAGCUCAAAGAGCUCUCUCUCACACUUGGGUUUCUUCCUUACCUGAAACGAUAACAACCUCUGAUAUGAUAACCAAUGAUCGAGAAAGCAACCAAUUUUAUUCAGCAAACAUGCCAUUGACAAAGAAAACUAGCUUAGGUAGCCAGUUUUGUACUGUUAGACACAAUGACGACACACAACACUUAACCACUACUAGUAGUACUCUUUGUCCAUUAGAUGUUGCCUCUUAUAUUAAACCCCUUAUUAAUCCAUUGUUUUACAAACCCUUUGAUCGGUUACCCAUUUCAAAUGGAGACCUUACCAAUGGAUUAUUAUUCUCAUCUCCUCUUGAAACAUCUACAACUAGUGCUAAAUCUUCAAUGGAUGUUUCUUCCUUAGCGCUAUUGAGUAUGUCAUCUUCUGUGCUUGGAGAUUUUAGUGAGACCACUGAGGGAACAACCACAAACUUCGGCAGUGGGUUACAAGAGCACAAUAAUGGCUACACAAUACCAUUAUUACGUGAGAUGCAAGGGACCAUUGGCAACCAGCAAGAUGAAAAUGUAUUGGUAAUGAUUCCUAAUGUGAAUGUGCCUCGUGUUGAUGAGCAACAUUUGGAGACAGUACGAUUUCCAUUCGGUAUGCCUUUCAAUAUUGGCGAUGGAUGGAAGUCAAGUGUGCUUUUGGAUACUUCAACUUGUCCUUGUGAUGCACCCUCUUGUUAUUCCUCAACCAAUUAA